AUGUUCAAACAAAAGGGCUGGGAUAGCUUAGUCCACUUAGUACAAUCUUGAACAACAAUCCAAUUCAUUCUCGGGCGCGAAAUGAAGCCUUGGUUUUCUUUCUUGUGUGAGAGUUUGAUUAUUGAAAUCUGGUGCUUGACAGUUUGAGAAUUUGAACAUACAUGCAGUACAAGGACACAGCUGAAGCUGCUGUUGCUGGGGUGAGGAUCAUUGCCGAGUCUUGCAUUCGUUCACAGACUGUUAAGCGACUCAUCUACACUGCAAGCAUCCUUGCUGUGUCUCCGAGGAGAGAAGAUGGGGUUGGAUUCAAACCCUGCCUCGAUGAAUCAUGUUGGACACCUCUUGAUGUCUCACCUACUCAUUCAACUGAAUUUUCAAUGGGGUAUAUCAUAUCAAAGACAUUAGCAGAGAGAGCAGUGCUGAGCUAUAAUGACAGUGAUAAUGGUAAACUGGAAGUGGUAACACUUCCUUGUGGCUUAGUGGGAGGAGAAACUCUUCUGUCAUAUUUGCCUUUAAGUGUGGGAGUAGUUAUAUCACAACUUACCGGGGACUCCUUUGGUUACAAUGCAUUACAAUUGAUGCAAGAAGUUAACGGUUCGGUUCCUCUUGUACACAUUGAAGAUGUUUGCCAAGCACAUAUCUUCUGCAUGGAACAACCAUCCAUGAGAGGUAGAUUCUGCUGCGCUGUUGCCAGUCCGACCAUCAAAGAAAUUGCAAGCUACUUCCAAGAAAAUUACCCAGAACACAAAAUAGCAAAAGAAUUCAUCGAAGGACCAGAAGAAGGAAGCAAAUGUGACUUCAGUAAGCUGAUGAAGAUGGGUUUUGAGUAUAAGUAUGGCGUCAAGAACAUACUAGAUGAUAGUGUAGCAAGUGGACGGAGGUUAAGUAGUAGCUCUCAUUCUCAACUAAUUUAACCUUUUGUUUUGAUCAGAACUAAAGUAAUGUAAUUUGUGUCACUGCAUUAUGUGUGGAUGGAUAUUCUCGACACGAGCUUUGCAGCGUUCAUUAUACAUCUAUAUAAUCAUCUCUCAAUUGUAAAUAA